AUGUUGAGGUUUUACAAAGUUGCCGCUCUGAUUCUGCUCAGCACUCUCAGUAAGGGCGAAUUACCCGAAGAUGACUUCAGGAUAAUAAAUCGCCAAGACCUGCUGGCGACGGACAGCGAUAUCUUUGAAGAUAAGGAUGCCAGAUCUUUUUCGCAACUGUUAUUCGACGUGGCACGGGACCAAGUUAUCGUGGGCGCGAGGGAUAUCCUAUACCGCUUGUCUUUACGCGGUCUCAGGCCUUUGGAACGCUCCGACUGGCCUGCAUCAGCCGAAAAGACGAAGAUGUGCCAGGUGAAAGGCCAGACUGAAGAAGACUGCCAUAACUAUAUAAAAGUCCUACUGUCCUACGGUCACAAACUCUUCGCUUGCGGUACCAACGCAUUCAGUCCUAUGUGCAGUUGGAGAGAGAUCGAAGAAAUCAACAACGUAUCGGAGUGGCUUCCCGGAGUAGUUCUCUGCCCGCACAACCCUCACUCCAACGUCACUGGUAUCUUGGCCACCAAUGGCGAGUACUACGCUGGGACACCCACUGACUUCACUAGCUCGGACACUGCUAUAUCCAGGAGUCGCGGCUCUGCCUCCCACGACACGGGUAUGCUACGAACAACACAGUAUGACCUGAACUGGCUCAACGAGCCUCAGUUUGUUGGCAGCUUUGAGGAUGACUAUUUCGUAUACUUUGUAUUUAGAGAGGUAGCUGUCGAGUAUUUGAAUUGUGGGAAGACUAUAUAUUCGCGGAUAGCUCGCGUUUGCAAAAAUGACUCUGGUGGCCAUAGAGUAAUGAAGGAAAAUUGGAGCACGUUUUUAAAAGCUCGCCUCAAGUGUCCAGUGCCCGGUGAAAUCCCUUUCUAUUACGACGAAGUUCAGGGCGUGGAGUACUUGCCCCAAGAGAAGAUUCUCGUCGCAACCUUCACAACUCCAACGAACAGCAUCGCUGGUAGCGCUGUAUGUAUAUAUAACAUGUCGGACAUUAACGCUGCGUUUGACGGCCCCUAUAAAGUUCAGGAUUCGCCAACUUCCAUAUGGGAACCGCGGUCCCCUUCUCGAGAGGCUAGGGAACAUUUCCGGUGCGCUAUUGAUACCAGAACCCACCCAACAAUCGAAUUUCAAAGAUAUCAUCUCAUGUACGAGUCUGUCCAGCCCAUAUCCGGCGAGCCCGUGUACAAGAUGACAAUGGAAAGAUUCACACAUGUGACAGUCGACGUGACAAAAACGAAGAAUGUUGGCAAGCAGCUUGUGGUGUUUGUGGCGACACAGAACAGCGACGUUUUAAAGUUGGCCAUACUGCCUCAACUAGAAGGGGCAUGUUUGGUUGAAAUCUGGAAAUUGAAGGAUGCCAAAGGGCGACUUAACAUACUGACCAUGCAAUUCGUGAAGGAUACCAUGUCGCUGUACAUCGGAAGUGAUACCAGCGUGCUACGUCUCAGCGGCGAACGUUGCAGCCGCUACAAAAGUCGGCCGAGUUGUGUGGGUGCCACGGAUCCGCACUGUGGCUGGGACGACGCGCGCGAAAUUUGCGUCCGCGCGUCCACGCACUUGCACGACGCGUACUUCGCACAGUCGACCGCGGUCUGUCCCACCGUCGAUACUCCCGUGGACGGUGGGUGGUCAUCCUGGUCGGAAUGGGAACAAUGCAUGCAAGAUGGUACACCUCACGUUGCAUACGCAGACGACAAGCCGGACAUGUGCUUGUGUCGGACGAGGAGGUGCGACAACCCGAAACCGGCUAAUGGAGGACAACCUUGCGAAGGCGCGAGCAUAUCCGUGGCGAACUGCACGACGCACGGCGGCUGGUCGGCGUGGUCGGGCUGGUCGGAGUGCAGCGCGACGUGCGGCAUCGCGGUCAAGUCGCGGCGCCGCACCUGCUCCGCGCCCGAGCCGCGCUUCGGCGGCCGCGUGUGCGUCGGCGUCGACUCGCAGGACCUCUACUGCGCCAACCUGCCGCCCUGCCCAGAUCCCAACCUCGCACCAGUGGACGGCGGCUGGACGUCGUGGAGCGCGUGGUCCGCUUGCACGGGCGCGGGGUGCGGCGCCGGCGCCGGCACGCGGGAGCGGAAGCGCGCGUGCACGGAGCCCGCGCCGCGCCACGGCGGCGCCGACUGCGCGGGCGCCCGCAGCGAGCGCCAGCCCUGCGACCUGCGCCCCUGCGAGCUCAGGAAGGCCACCGCAUGGACGCCUUGGGUACACAUACCCGGUAAUACUUCUGAUGGCAGCUACACUGAGAAGCGAUUCAAAUUUCUUUGCAAGGCACCAACACCAGAACAAAUUAAACUGUCUGUGGCGCGCGAGGAGGAGCGGUACUGCAGCGCCGGGGGCGCAUGCAGCAGCUCGCCGGCGGGCGCGGGUGCGGGCGCGGGGGGCGCGGUGCAGGAGGCGGGGUGGGGCGCGUGGGGUGCGUGGGGCGCGUGCUCGGCGCCGUGCGGCGGCGGCCAGCAGGCGCGCGCGCGCCGCUGCGUCCGCCCGCCCUGCGCCGGCGCGCCCGACAUGCUGCGCGCCUGCAACACGCACGCCUGCACAGGUGAAUGGUCCUGCUGGAGCGAUUGGAGUGACUGUAGCGGGGACUGUUCAUCGGGCGCCACGGGGCAUCGAACCCGCACUCGGAUGUGUCUGUCGGCCGAGGGCUGUGCGGACGCCGGUGCCGCACUUGAGCGUCGCGUCUGCGUAAACAAUUGCGCAGAAUCGGAAAGCGGAUGGGGCGCUUGGGGGACGUGGUCGGAGUGUUCUGGGGGCGAGCGGUUUCGACAACGCAGUUGCGAAGCCGGCGCUUGUCUUGGCGCACAGUUGCAGGUCGCACAUUGCGGGGACGACACUGAGUUGGACAACGAAUUGUAUGCAAUGCCAGCAUACAGCCAGAAUGUGGAGAUGGCGUCAUUCGUGACAACAGCCGGCAACGAUUCGCUGGGCAUUGGAGCUAUUGUAGGCUGUGUAGUGGCGGCAUUUGUUAUGGGUUGCCUUGUAUGCUUGGCCGGUGUGAUAUACUGUCAGAGACGCGGAGGAAACCUUCCCUGGCGGAAACAGCCUCGCGUACCGUCGAGUCCACACUAUAUCACCGCCAAGCAAAACAGCUACGUGACCGUGCCUUUGAAGGAAGUACCCCGAAAAGCAAAACGGCAGCCGUCUUUCACGGGUAUUGGUGGCUCCAGUGGCAUCCUGCUGUCUAAAAGCAAUAACAUUUCCAACGCAAACAACCACAACACUGCUUUAGCCACACCGAAGCUGUACCCCAAAGCCAUCGCCAACGAAUACGACUCUAUGGGCACGUUAAGGCGACAUUCCAACCAACCUAACAACAAGACUAACUUAGACAUUGAAGAAGACAAGUUCUAUUGA